ACACGCACACACACACACCGCCCCUCCCCCUGGACAGAGAGCUGUUUUCUGAGCAGUGAAGUCAACCAGUGUUCAGUUUGGUCAUGUCUGGACUGCUGGGUGUUCGACUGCUGCUGUUGUGGGGCUGCCUCUGGCCGUCCAGCCUGACCCAGGGGGCUCUGGUCAUCUCUGGAGACCAUGAAGCGACACAGGAGAUGGGAGGGGCUGCCAGAUCACUGCAGAAAAGAAGUACAAGUGAAGCCACGGUGGAGGUGUACAGUGUCACCGUGGACUGCACAGUGUUGUCUCGUUUCGCCCACACGGUCAUGACCUCCAAGGCUCUGAACAAAGCAAACUCCUCGCAGGAAAUCUUCUUUGAGGUGGAGCUGCCCAAGACGGCCUUCAUCACCAACUUCAGCAUGGAGAUCGAAGGUCAGGUGUAUGUCGGGCAGGUGAAGGAGAAAGAGAAAGCCAAGAAACAGUAUGAGAAGGCUGUUUCCUCUGGACAGACUGCUGGACUGGUCAAGGCCUCUGGGAGAAAGAUGGAGAAGUUUUCAGUGUCUGUCAACAUCGCAGCCAAUAAUAAUGUGACCUUCACUCUGACCUAUGAGGAGCUCCUUCAGAGGAAAAUGAGCCAGUAUGAGAUUUUAACACGAAUUAAACCCAAGACCGUGGUCCAGGACUUUCAGAUUGUGACAAAUAUCUACGAGCCUCAGGGUAUUACGUUUGUUGAUGCCCAUGCAACCUUCCUUUCCAAUGACUUGCUCCCCCUGGUGGACAAAACGGUCACAGACAAAAAGGCACACAUCUCAUUCUCACCAACUGUGGAGCAGCAGAGAAAAUGUCCAGGUUGUGAUGGAACACUCAUCGAUGGAGAUUUUGUCAUCAAAUAUGAUGUAAACAGACCAAAGGGCAUCGGGGACAUUAAGAUUGUGAAUGGAUACUUUGUGCACUUCUUCUCUCCACCUGACCUGACCAGACUCCAAAAGAAUGUAGUGUUUGUGAUCGACAGGAGCGGAUCAAUGAGUGGGAGAAAGAUUGCUCAAACACGAGAGGCAAUGCUUGAAAUCCUCAAAGACCUUCACGAGGACGACCACUUUGCUUUGGUACAGUUUGAUGACAGUAUGCAUACCUGGAGGGACUCACUUAGCAAAGCAACAAAGGAAAAUAUUGAAGCCGGCAUGGGCUACGUGAGGAGAAUAAGAGAAUCUGGCAUGACUGAUAUCAAUGGAGCAGUGUUGAGAGCUGUGAACAUGCUGGUCAAAGACAGGAGAGAGAAGAGGCUCUCUGAAAGGAGUAGUGAUAUGAUUAUUUUACUGACUGAUGGAAUGCCAAAUUCUGGAGAAACAAAUCUCGAGCAGAUCCAAAAGAAUAUGCUUUCUGCCAUCGGAGGAAAAAUGUCAUUGUUCUGUCUUGGGUUUGGCGAUGAUGUGGAUUAUUCCUUCCUGGAUGUGAUGGGCAAACAAAACAAAGGAAUGGCCCGCAGAAUAUAUGAAGCUUCAGAUGCAGCCGUUCAACUCCAGGGUUUCUACGAUGAAGUUUCAAGCCCUCUGCUCAUGGAGGUGGACCUGCGUUAUCCUGACAAUGCAGUAGACCUUUUGACGACCAACCACUUCAGCCAGCUGUUUAAUGGCUCAGAGAUUGUGGUGGCUGGUCGGCUGACAGACAACAACCUGGACAACUUCAUGGUGGAGGUUUUCGGCGAGGGGCUUGAGAGAAACUACGAAGCGCAGGGCCAGGCCAGUGCUCAGAACUGGAAUGUUGUUUAUCCAGAUGAGGAGUACAUCUUUGGGGAUUUCACAGAGCGCCUGUGGGCCUAUCUGACCAUCCAGCAAUUACUGGACAAGAGCAAAACUGGAACACCAGAGGAGAAAGUCAAUGCUACAGCAAGGGCAUUGGACUUGUCUCUACAAUACAGCUUUGUCACUCCUCUCACUUCCAUGGUUGUCACCAAGCCUGAAACCGAGGACGGAACUGAGAGCCCUCUCAUUGCUGACAAGCUGACUGAGGAGCAAAGACAACAGGCAGACAGAAAUGUACUUCGCUAUCCAAGCUCUCAUUACCACAUGUCCCCUGCUCCUACAUAUUUUGUGGAUGGAGAUCCUCAUUUCAUGAUAGAGCUGCCAGACAGAGAUGACGCUCUGUGCUUUAACAUCAAUGACAAACCAGGAACCAUUUUCACACUGGUUAGAGACCCAGAGUCAGGUAUUUUGGUCAAUGGCCAGACAAUUGGGGACAAGAAAAUGCCCCCCGAUGGUAAAAUGAACACCUAUUUCUGGCGGUUUGGCAUCAUCCACCACACUCUGGGGGUGAGGCUGGAGGUCAGCACUCAUGAGAUCUCAGUGUUCCAGGAUGGCAAAUGGGUGAAGCUGCUGUGGUCUGACACAGGCUCUCUCAAAGGACCCAACGUGGAUCUUCUUGUGACGAAGGAUCGCAGCCUAACAGUAACUCUAAAAGAUUCAGUGAAGUUUGUGAUCCUACUGCACAAAGUGUGGGAGAAGCAUCCGUACCAUCAGGACUACUUGGGUUUCUACACCCUGGACAGUCAUCUCCUCUCCCCUGCUGUUCACGGCCUGCUAGGUCAGUUCUACCACGGGAUUGAAUAUGAGGUGAGUGACCUGCGUCCAGGAGAAGUCCCAGAGAAACCAGACGCCACCAUGUUCGUGAAGGGACAGGAGCUCAACGUGACCAGAGGCUGGCAGAGAGACUUCAGGAGCAAUGUGAAGGAUGGAGAAAAUGUUCCCUGCUGGUUCAUUCACACAAACGGAACAGGCCUCAUCGACGGAGAUGCAACAGACUACAUCGUGUCAGGACUUUUCAAAACCGCUUAAAUGCAGGUCACACAUCAGUGUCAAACACAGAACCAAUCACAGUGAUAAAA